AUGGACACAACCUCAACCACCCCCAGCACCAUCCCCACCACCCAACAAGUCUACACCACCCUCCGUCCUCUCCUAUUCGCACCCCGCUCAACGCUCUCGGCUGUGUUCCAGCUCCUCACCCCUUUCCCUUCCCCUUCUUCAUCUCAACCGCCAACGCCAUCCCAGACACCAUCCCAAUCUCAGUCUCAGUCUCAGUCUCGCUCGCAACCACAAUCCCUCCCCAACCCCCUCUUCCCAUCCUCCCCCUCCUACAACGCCCGCAUCCAAUCAACCUGGCUCACCCACACCAACAACACCACCAACAACAAUAACACCCCCUCCACCUACCCCUCCAUGGCCCAAUGGCGCGGCCUACGCACAAAACGCUUGUCGCAAGCAGGCACCAGCACGUCGCCAGAGGGCAAACCGUUGAAAGAGGCGAAAUUGCAGAUUGAUAGGUUGGAGAGGACGGGCAAGUUGGGGGUGCUGGAUAGUGCGCUUUUUGGGUCUUUUGCGGAGGACAAGGAGGAGAAAGGAGAGAGGAGGGAGAGGGAUGGUGAAGAGGAUUAUUACCCCCAGACGUUCGGUGAUCUGCUGAUGGAUAGUCUUCUUACUGGUACCGCGCAAGAUAUGAGUAUUGCGGAGGAGGUCUUGAGGGAUGUAAGGGAGAGAGGGGCGAACGACUUGAAAGAGAGGUUGGAACUGUUUUUGAAUGCGGCGAAUGCGACCCGGGACAGGCGACGAGUUGAUUCAUCGCUAGAGACAAGUCCUCAGGGCUCUGGAUCUGCUUGA